GUCGUUUGUUCCUACGUGAAAACAAUAACAUUAGAGCUCGACAGACUAUUAGGGAACACAGUUAUUCUCUUCUCGUGACCCUCGUUAUUUUAAAUUUGACCUUUAACCAUGGGACGACGAAGUAUAAAUACCACCAAGAGUGGUAAAUAUAUGAAUCCGACAGAUCAAGCCAGGAAAGAGGCGAGGAAGCGAGAGUUAAAGAAGAACAAAAAGCAACGGCAGAUGGUACGAGCAGCUGUACUAAAAGGAAAGGAUCCAUCUCAAAUCAUUAUGGAGAUGGAGAAGAUUGACAGUAUGGAAUAUAACGUCGAAGUUCCACCAGCGCUAAGCGAGAAAGUAUUAAAAGACAAAAGAAAAAAAUUAAGAGAGACUUUAGACAGAGUUCUCAAAUUGUAUGAAAAAGAAAACCCUGAAUAUUGGUUGGAAAUUCGACGUAUGGAAGGAGAAUACGAGAAGAAAAGGCAAGCGCUAAUUGAAUAUUUUGAAUCGGUCCGCCACGCUCAGGCUGUAACUGUGGAUGAAAUCCCAUUGCCAAAUUUGGAUAUGCCACCUAUGCCAGAUGAUGCCAUGGCUGAUAUGCCCCCUCCUCCUGAAGUAGUGCCAUUGCCGGUACCAAAUGUACACAUGGUACCUACUCACAGUAUACUAAAAAAGAUGUCCUCGUAUGUUGCUCCACCCACAGAGCCAAAAAAGCCUCCUGGUUGUCCCCCAACUUUGCCACCUGAAUUAAGUGAUGAUGAAGAUGAUAGCAAUACUAUGGAGACAGAGCCAAUUGUUCCUGGUAUGGAAAAGGAUGAUGUAGAUGAGGAGGAGAAUGUAGAAAAUGAUAAACCAGAGACUGAAGAAGACAAAGACAAACCAAAGAGUCGUACAAUCAGGUUUGUAGAUUCAGAUGAUUCUGAUGAAGAAAAGGAUACCAGGGUAACUAUAUCCAAAUCUAAAGGACUAACAAGUCUACAGACUAAAUUGUUACAGAUGUCAGGCCAAGACAUUGAUGAUUUCAUGAGAGAAACUGAGGUGCUCUUCAAGGAAAAAGAGGCAGAAAGGAAGGCUGAUUUGAGAGCCAGGUUGGAUAAGUUGCCAGCAUACGAUGAAGAAACUGGUCCAGCAAACAUCCAACAACCAAUGCUCAACGUACCUCCCCCACAAGCCAGACCUGCAGGAGGUCCUCCUGUAGGUGUUCCCUCAGUUGCGGUAGCACCACAACCAAAUCCCAUCAAUCCGCCCGGGCCCCAGCCUGGAUUUCCACCCUCUGCAACUCCAUCUGCUGUUUUGCCAGGUGUUCCAGGUGUUACUUUACCCGUGGCACCCCCUGGAACCGGUUUACCAAAUGCUCAAACUUCAGUUGUACAAGCUGCUGGCCCUCCAGUUGUACAGCCAUCUAUGCAACCAGUUGGACCCCCUGUCGUUCCUCCAGUAGUCCCACCAGUAGGACCUCCAGGUGCUCCUCCAACAGGCCCCCCUGGGGCACCCCCACUCAUGUUCCGUCCACCUCCUAUGCGCACUGGACUCCCUCAUCCUCCAGGUGUUCGACUACCUCCAGGACCUCCUCCUCAGGGCAUGCCUCCAAGAUUACCAAACAUGCGUAUGCCACCUCCAAUGCCUCCACGCCUUCCCAUGAGACCACCAGGUGUACCACCUGGUAUGCCCCCACCAGGAAUGCCACCCCGGGGCCUGCCACCCGUUCACAAUCCAAAUGUAUUGUCUGCUGGUCCACAGUUGAUUGCAAGGCCUAGAGACGAUGAUAAGAAGCAUUCGGCAACUAUUGAGGCUAAGCCGCAAAUCAGGAACUUGAGUGCCGAUGUUACUCGUUUCCUGCCAACAGCCCUGAGAGUGAAGAGAGAGGAUCGCAAGAAGCUGGGAAAAUCAGCAACAGAUACAAAGGACCUGGGAGGUGGAAAGGCUGAGGACACGGAUCGGAAACCAACCAAAGAUGAUGCUUAUUCUCAGUUCAUGCGAGAAAUGGAAGGCUUGCUAUAAAAGAUAUCGCCUAUUUAAUUUAGCUGUUGUUAAAUUUAUAUUGACCUCUGAGAGAGUCAUAGCAAAAGUUAAUAUAGUCAAUUAAUUGUUCUCGAGAUAUAGUUAGUGCAAUUGCGGGUGGUAAUCUCGAUUUCAUUUCAGGUUAUCAUGAUGUUAUUCAUUGUCAUUCAUUAUGGCUGCUGUUUGCUGUAUUUGAAAUAUAUUGAAUUUUUAUUUUUUAGGGUACACUCAUUUAUUCAAUGAAAACUUAAAGUAAAACAGUGCUUUCAUCAUUUGUAAUGAGUGUAUGAGGUUCAUAUGCUUCCUUUAUAGAUAGCUGUGUUCUCUUUUUCCAUCUCAUAAUAAUUGGACCACUGAGUGAUAUUUCCGAACUCUAAUAAGGAUACCUUAAAUUAUGCGUUCUGUAAAAGGUGAAAAUUAGAGAAAGGAUGCAGUGAAGAAGUAGUACAUACUCCCCUCCAGGGGAGGAACACGCAAUAAGAAUGGUAUUAAUUGGAUAUAUAGCUUCUCUGGUACACCAGACAUGUUCUUGUAUGAAAUUUUGUGGUAAGUUAAACAAAUACUUUUCAAAUCAAGCACAUAAUAGAUUUACUCUCAUUGAAAAGAUAAAAGAUCAAUUAUGAAUGAAGAGGAAUCUAUGUAAGAAAAAUGCUACUCUUCAGAUAAAACUAUUCUUUCUUCAAUGUCAGUCAUGUAUAUUUUAUUCCAGUAGUCUUCAAUUCCAAAAAUUUAUUUGUGUACAAUUUUUUUUUCUUUGCUCCACUUAAUGUGAAUAACACGAUCCUGCCGUUUCCCAUACACUGAACCUCUGCAGGAUUCUGUCUUUGAAUUGUGAAGCAAAUUGUAUGUUCAUUUUUUUUCAUUUAUUUUUGUGUAUAAAUUAGUUUGUAAUGCAUUAUUGUAUUUUUUUUAUACAUACACAUUCAAAUGAUCUUA